CGUUUGUUGAAAAUACCCGGAAUGAAUCAAUGAACCUUAUCUUCACGCGUUGAAAGUGCAAGUUGAUGCUUUGUGUUCCCUCCUGCUUUUAUCAUUGUUACUGUUGUCCUUAACAUCACAAUUCUUGUAUUGUUUCCAAAUUACUGAGAGCUUGUUUCUAACUAAUCGCAGCACCAAACCAAAGAUGGCGGAGACUGUCAUUAUUAGUGUUGUGCUAGGCAAGCUAAUUCCAGUUGCUACUGAGCAGAUCAGCCUUGCUUGGGGGUUCGAGGAGCUGCUGAAAGAACUUCAAGACUCAUUGACCACGAUUCAAGCUGUGCUGACUGAUGCGGAGAGAAGGCAAGUGGGAGAAGAGUCCGUGAGGCUUUGGAUGCGGAGGCUUAAAGACGUUGCUUAUGAUGUUGAUGAUGUGCUGGACGAGUUUGCUUAUGAGAUUCUCCGACGAAAGUUAGAGAUCCGAAACCAGAUGAAGAGAAAGGUAUUCUUCUUCUUUUCAUUUUCAAACCCUAUUGCAUUCCAAAUCGACAUGGCCAACAAAAUUAAGACUAUGCUCAAAUCUUUGGAAAAGAUUAGUAAUAAAGCAAAAGAAUUUGAUUUUGCUAGCGCGGGAUCAAUAAAUGCAAUUCCUGAGGUCAUUCUAAACCGAGAGACAGACUCCUCUCUUGAGGAUGCAGAGAUUGUAGGAAUGGGAGAUCAUGUCUCAAAAAUAGUAGACUUGAUGCUUAAUGCAACCAAUGAACAACUGUCAGUCAUUCCUAUAGUGGGAAUGCCGGGUUUGGGAAAGACAACUUUGGCAAAACUAGUGUAUAAUCAUGAGCUAGUGCAGAAGAAUUUUGAUAAAACAAUAUGGAUAUGUGUCUCCGAUGAUUUUGAUGAUAAGAAGAUAUUGAGAGAGAUUCUUGAAUCCCUUACCCUGGACUCAUGUGCGUUGCAAACGAAGGAUGCAAUACUCAAAAGCCUAAAAAAAGAGUUGCAAGAGAAAAGAUAUCUUCUCGUUCUUGAUGAUGUUUGGAAUGAAGAUCGUGUGAAAUGGGAUACUUUAAGGAGUUGUUUGUUAGGAAUUAAUUCAUCUGCAGGAAACAAUAUUAUUGUAACAACUCGUAGUGAUACUGUGGCAAAGAUCAUGAAGACAAUUCAUCAGCGUCACUUGGAAAAGCUCUCAGACGAUGAAUGUUGGUCCAUAAUCAAGAAAAGAGUAUCUUCAAAUGAAAGAAUUCCACUAAGUCUAGAUCUAGAGGAUAUUGGAAGGGAGAUUUCUAAAAGAUGUCAAGGGAUUCCAUUAGUUGCAAGGGUUUUAGGAGGGACAAUGGCUAAUAAUAUUGAGGAAAGUGAAUGGUUGGCAAUUCAAAACAGUGAGGUUUGGAGUUCCUUGAAUGGUGAAAGUGAAAUCUUAUCAACACUAAAGUUAAGCUUCAAUCAUCUUUCACCAUCUCUAAAAAGUUGUUUUACAUAUUGUGCAAUAUUUCCUAAAGAUUAUGAAAUGGGAAAGGAAGAACUAAUUCAACAUUGGAUGGCUGAAGGGUUCCUUCAUCCAUCACAAGGAUCUUCUUUUGAGAUGGAAGACAUUGGUAACAAGUAUUUUGAUAUUUUGUUAGCAAAUUCCUUAUUCCAAGAUAUAAAAAGGGAUUAUUUUGGUGAUAUAAUAAGUUGUAAGAUGCAUGAUCUUGUACAUGAUCUUGCCCUCUCAAUUUCAAAAUGGGAAACCUUGCAUUUAGGGGGCAAUGUGGGGGAUGACAUUGACAUGUCUCAUAUUCGGCGUUUAUCUUUUAUAUCCAAUGACCGGACAACACCAACAAUCCCACUAUCUAGAGAUGGCAUGGGUAGAUUGCGCACAGUAUUUUUGAUUCCUACUAAUCUUGGAGACAAGUUAUUGGACUUAAAAUUUGUACGUGGUCUAACAUUAUCUGGGGUAAGUUGGAAAAAAAAUUUCAAGUCAAUUUGUGAGUUUAGACAUUUAAGGCUUCUUCAAUUCGGGGGAACCUACAUGAGUGCAUUACCCAAUUCUAUUUCCAAGCUCUACAACUUACAAACUCUAGUAGUCAAGGAUACUUAUGUAAGAAAGCUUCCAAAAAAUCUAAGAAAUUUGACUAACUUGAGACAUCUUAAAAUUAGCCAUGUGGACAUGACACAAAUGCCGAUCAAUAUCGGGCAGUUGACUUGCCUUCUAACAUUGCCUCUCUUUGUCAUCGGACAAAAAGCUGGUCAUCGAAUUGAAGAACUAGGAUUCUUAAGCCAGCUCAGAGGAGGAUUAAAUAUCUUCAAUUUGGAGCAUGUGAGAGAUAAAGAAGAAGCCAAAACUGCAAAUUUAGUGGGAAAGACAAGAGUACACAAGCUGGAAUUCCAUUGGAGUCGGGAAAGAGUAGGCAACAACAAUGAUGAGGAUGUAUUGGAAGGCCUUCAACCUCACCCACGUUUGAAAAGCUUAAAGAUACGAAAUUUUGGGGGUGAGAAGUUCCCUUCAUGGAUAUUAGCCGGUGAUAACAGUGGUGGUGGUUUGUUUCUUUUUAACCAUCUGUUGGAAAUCCGUUUAGUAUAUUGUAAUAAAUGCGAAAAAAUUCCGACACUUGGGCAUUUACCAUGUCUCAAGUUUCUUCAAAUAGAGGGAAUGGAUAAUGUGACAUGUAUAGGAGCAGAAUUUUACGACAGUUAUAGUGGUGUGGGAUCAAGUACUAGUAGAGGUGGCAGCCGUAGAAAUGAGUUGUUCCCAGCUUUGGAAAGGCUUUAUUUGCUGAGAAUGCCCAAUCUAGUGGAAUGGAAGGAUGCGGUGGACCCAACAACAACAAGAAUGGUGUUUCCUUGCCUUGAGGAGUUAGCCAUUGCAGCAUGUAGUAAACUGAUAAGUGCUCCAUGUCAUUUUCCGUCACUUAAGAAAUUAGAUAUUCGGAAAACUUGCAGUACGACAUUCAAAAACAUUAUCAGCAAGGUUACCACACUUACGUCCCUUGAGAUUUCUGAUAUUUCAGAACUUGCUUGUCUGCCAGAGCAUUUAUGGCAAAAUAAUACUACAAGUCUAAUGUCUUUAAAGAUAGGCAGUUGUGCUGAUUUGGUGUCCAUCUUGCUGCCGCAUGAGGAUGAUGUAUGUGCGCCUUGCAUGUCUCUCCAAUCACUUUGUAUUGUCAAAUGUGAGAAAUUGAGUCAUUUGCCAAACACACUGCAAACCUUCAAUUCCCUUGAGAAAUUUGAAGUAAUCAGUUGUUCCAAUGUGAUGUAUUUUCCCAGUCUACAAGGUGUGGCACCCUUUCUUCGAACUCUAAAGAUAUCAUGUGGUGAUGAAGUUUUCCCGUCUGGGCUGCAAUCCUGUACAUCUCUUUCGGAAUUGACGAUAUCGGAAUGUCCUAAUCUGAAAUCAAUUCCAGAUAUGCGAGAAUUACAUUCUCUUAUCCGAUUAGAGAUUUGGGAUUGUCCUAAUCUGAUAUCAAUUGGAGAUCUACGAGAAUUGCAUUCUCUUAUCCGAUUAGAGAUUCGGUAUUGCCCUAAUCUGAUAUCAAUUGGAGAUCUACGAGAAUUACAUUCUCUUAUCCGAUUAGUGAUUCACGAUUGCCCUAAUCUGAUAUCAAUUGGAGAUCUACGAGAAUUGCAUUCUCUUAACGACUUAGGAAUUAUGCGUUGCCAAAAGUUGAGGCAUCUACCGGAUGGCUUAGACUGCCUCACCCGCUUGAAGCAUUUGUGGAUUGGUAAGUUUUGCGAGGAGCUGGAUGUUUCCACGAUUCUCUGUUCCUUCCAACACUCGCAGACAUCCCUUGAAAACCUAUAUUUGUAUGGGUGCGAUAAACUCAAAACUCCUCCGGAGGAAAUUCUACGCUUCACCGGCCUCAAAUAUCUGGCAAUAAUUGGAUGUAAAUCAAGGAUAACUUUUCAUUUUUGGUUUAAAUGUCGCAUGCCUCAUCUUGAUCUGUGGAUUCCGAUAUAGAUGCCAAGUUCAGCAGCAUUGGUGAUCAUAUCAAGACAUAUCUAUAAUGUUCCGCUGGAAGAAUAAUCAAUUAAAUAAUCCACUCUCAGCUAAUGGAAGUUCGUUAUAGAGCUGUGCUAACAUCUGCUCAAGUUGAAAAAGGAAGGCUUAAUUCAAGACCUGCAUGCAGUACUUACGAUUGCGAAAGGCUGAUGCAAUGCUCACCAUAUAACGGAAACUACAGAUUUAUUAUUUCUCCAGUUGUCCCCAUUGAAAGGAAGGAUGUACCAAGGGAAAAGAGCCCAAGUGGUCUAAGAUUUUCCACAUUUAAUAAAAAUAGAAAGUUAUGUCAUCCAACUGAUAGCAUCUUGAAGUUUAUGUAAUAUCAUACAAAUCCACUGAUUUUUAUCCAAGCAAUCAGUAGUAAGAAAGAAACUUCAGUUGGAUGGCUUGGUUUCCAUGCUCUUAGCAUGCAAGUAUGAGGAGGUUUCUGUUUCUGUAGUUGGGGAUUUGAUUCUUAUAUCAGAUAAAGUGUACACAAGGAAGGAGGUUCUGGAAAUGGCAUUCAAGGAGGCACAAAAAGUACUCAAAACCAAGCUUCUUAUUUGGUCUGGGAAAUCUGAAAAACACACAAAGAUUCCAUCUUUUCAUGAUUUGGAGCAAAACCCAGAUGCCAAAUUCUUGCAUAUUUGUGUUAAU